AUGGCCGCGAGGAGGGGCAAAGUGGCCCGAAGGUUCUCGGACACCUCCCUGGAGGUGCUGGUGGCUGCGGUCAGAGCCCGGGGUAAAAUCCUCUUCCCCAGCGCCGGGAAGAAGGUUCACAGCAGCUUGUCCAAGAAAGGCUGGCUGGAGGUGGCCGAGGAGGUCAGCAGACUGAGCAUCACCCCCAGGACCUGGAUCCAGUGCAGGAAGAGAUUCAAUGAUCUCACUCGAUCAGCCCGGGAGAAGGCAGCUCACAAUAUGAGAGAAAGAAACAAGAUGGGUGGGGGAACGUCUGACAUUGUAGCGCUCACCCCUGUGGAGCAGUCAGCAAUGGAUAUAAGUGGGACCUCUAGAGCGAUCAGCAUUGGAGAUGGUGAGGCUGGUGGUUUCUCCAAGCAUAGUGACUGUUUUACAAUCGUACCUCUUCAUGUACCACAAGCGAUUCCAGUCAGCAUCAAGACUUCAGCCAGUCCCCCUGAGCCAUCGUCACCCCCUCCUCAGGAAGCUUUUGAAGAGGACAACUUGGAGGAGGACAGCCCUCCGGAGGGAGUACAGUCAGCCGCUGCAUCCCUCCAAAGCAGCGGCGCAGAGAUUCGCUCCCCAGAGCCAGUAGGAAGCGAAUUAGAGGGGCCAGCUGAAGCUGCUGAGACGCACAGCAAGAGGGAGCCAGAGCAGCCACCGGUGACAGGGACUCCCCAGGUGACAUCUCGCCGCAGGGCCAUGUCCUCUCCCAGCUCUGCGGAGUGGGACCGAGAUACUGACCUCCGGGACCCCGCGAUGAAAAGGAAGAUGCUGGAAGCUCACCACCGGCUGUACGAGGUGCUGGAGGGCUUGCCAAAGACUCUGAGCGCCAUGUCUGAAAGUAUGGAGGAGUCCACUUCCGCCAUGUGUGGUGUUGUAUCGCACGUGGUUUCCACUUUGCAAUCUACCCUGGAAAGUGCAACCACCUCCAGGGAGACUAUAGCCGAACCCCCUCAGCAAGAGGCCCUCUCACCAACCAUUGAGGCUUUGAUAGAAACUCAGACAGCUACCAUCCAGACAUUGGGCUCCAACAUCUGCUCUACCUUGGAGAGACUGGUAGACCAGAUGGAUUGUCUGGUGGAUCAUGUGGACAAGGGCUUUCAAAGGGUCUCCCACCUCCUGCAGUCUGCUCUCCCUCAGAUCAGUGGGAGUGAGGAGACAAAGCCUCAUGGGAGCUCCACCAGACAGGCCAGCAUCACCCCCGUUCCUGGCGCUCUUGCUGUCUCGCUACCCCCUCACCCUUCACCCACCACGGUGCCCAACAGCCAAGUGGGCCAGGCAGGAGCGGCUGCAGCGAAGGUGCUACAACCUGUGACUGUGCCCCUGCGGGCUCGAGCUCCCAGAGGUCAACGGUCCCGAGCGUGUCAGGGAUCCCAGGAUCAGCCACCUGCCACCUGCUUCACUGUCUCAGCUGGAGCAACCUCUCGGAGAAGUGGCAAAGUCGGGUUCUCACAUUGACAGGGAACCAGGUGUCAACAAAUAGGAGUGCAGCCCCCAGAGAGAAUCGUCCAGAGAAAGAGAUCCAUUAUUCCGCUGUGAAUUUAUCUCCAGUAACUAGUCCAAAACAAAAUGCAGCGUGUGAAAUGGUGUAUGCGGAGGUCAGACAGGAAGCCCUGUAAAGAAUGCUCAACAUCAACAUCCACCAGUCCUGCAUUGAAGAGCAAACUAUGUGACUGAAAACAGAACAGAAUGAAAGCUUUUCACCAAGGUUGCUGCAUUUAUCAAGGUCUUAACGUUAUCUUGGCAGAGGUUAGAAUGAUGCUGAACAGGGGUUGCUUUACUGACUAAGGAAACGCUGAAGACCCUGUGAUGGCUCCAAUGGUAGGUGCAGGGUUCUAUAUGAACUGGCUCAUUCAGGCCAAGCAAAGUCUCCAGUUCAAGUCAACUUUUACCGGGUGGAGCUCUGGCAGCACAAGGACUAGUCCCAGCAUUCCUGGACUUGGGUGGGGGAGAGGAAGAUCAGGCAACCAUUCCCAUUCCUAAUUGCUAUCCAGUCAUUCUUACUGGAAGGUACCUGCUAUCAAUGUCAAUUGGAGAACGAGACUUGGCUUGAACAUUUCCUGACAGUCAAAUAGCUUUUGAGAAUCUGCUACUUUUAACCUCCCGCAUGCAACAAGCUGUUUGGUUCAGGGACUGCCUGACAGUAUCUGGUGCCCAACCAUGGGGGCAUGGGGUAGAUUUUUGACUCACCACCUUGGGCGGAUUCUACAGCAGGCAACACAUCACCAAUGCCAGCUUCAAUCCUGGGUGGUAAACUGAAAAUCUACCCCGCUCGCUUCACCCAGCAAGAAACAACACCUUCACCCAGCAAGGAACACCUUCACCCAGCAAGGAACAACACCUUCACCCAGCAAGGAACACCUUCACCCAGCAAGAAACAACACCUUCACCCAGCAAGGAACAACACCU